CCAAGCAAGAGAAAGAAAUCGCCAACAGCACGGAACAAUCGGUAAGAAGCAACGCGCGUAAGCAGACGACGAAGAAAAGCGAACGAGAGCGUUUUUCACCAGAGACGUCGAGGAGGCGGUGGUAGUUAAACAAAAAAAAAAACCUUAAAAUGCAGCUAAAAUUCGGCCGGAGCGAGACGCUGGCGUUCCUGCUCAGUUGCAGCUUGCUAGCCGGCGGCGGUUUUGUGCAGCUCACAACAGCUUCCGAUGUGGAUGAUUUCGAUGAUGGGAUCGUGGAAGAUAUUCAGGAUGACGGGGCAACAGUAGCUGCUGGAGAUGCGGAGCUCGUCUAUGAGAGUCCGCAAAUUGAUGCCAAGAAGUUCCAUUUUGCCGACCACUUCGAUAAUGUUGAGGCCUCACGCAAAUUGUGGACUCAAUCGCAGGCCAAGAAGGACGAUAUUGCUGAGGAAAUCGCAAAAUAUGAUGGUGUCUGGAAUUGGGAGUCUCCACAGCGCAUUGUCUGGGCCAAGGAUAAGGGCUUGGUGCUCAAAUCGAAGGCCAAACAUGCCGCCAUUUCGGCACGCUUGCACAAGCAGUUCACAUUCAAAGAAAACAAACCAUUGGUGGUGCAAUAUGAGGUCACGUUGCAGGAGGGUCAAGAGUGCGGCGGCUCAUAUAUCAAACUUUUGUCAGCGGGCAGCCAAACAGAAGAUUUGACCACAUUCAAUGACAAGACACCCUAUACUAUUAUGUUUGGACCGGACAAGUGCGGCAACGAUAUUAAAAUGCAUUUCAUAUUCCGUCAUGUUAAUCCAAUUAACGGCACCAUCAGCGAGAAGCAUUGCAACAAACCAAAGAACCGUUUGGAGGAACCCUUCAAGGACAAGCUACCCCAUUUGUAUCAGUUGGUUGUGCGGCCGGAUAACACUUUUGAGAUACGCCUAGAUCAUAAAAUUAUUAACGAUGGCUCCUUGCUGACCGACUUCAAGCCUCCAGUUAACCCGCCACAGGAAAUUGACGAUCCAAAUGAUAUCAAACCAGCUGAUUGGGAUGAGCGUGAGAAAAUACCAGACCCCACUGCCCAAAAGCCCGACGAUUGGGAUGAUGAUGCACCACCACAGAUACCCGAUCCCACUGCUGUUAUGCCAGAUACAUGGUUGGAGGAUGAGCCCGAAAUGAUACCAAACCCGACGGCACAGAAACCAGACGAUUGGGAUGCCGAAAUCGAUGGCGAAUGGGAGGCACCCCUUGUGGACAAUCCAGCGUGCGAGAAGGCUGCUGGCUGUGGCAAAUGGAAAGCACCACUCAUCCCGAAUCAGGAAUACAAGGGUAAAUGGCGUGCACCGAUGAUUGACAACCCCAACUACCAGGGCAAAUGGGCGCCACGCAAAAUACCCAAUCCCGAUUUCUAUGAGGAUCUUAAGCCCUUCGAAAUGACGCCAAUUAACGCCGUCGGUCUUGAGCUCUGGUCCAUGUCCAGUGACAUAUUGUUUGACAAUUUGAUCAUUACCGAUGAUGUGGAUGUGGCCCGUGAAUUUGCUGCCAAUAGUUUCGAUAUUAAACGCAAAUAUAUUGAUAGAGAGUCGGACUCAUUGGUAAAUAAAGUGCUCGAGUUCUCCAAAACGUAUCCCACGGCCUGGGCCAUUGGUUUAGUAGCCACUGUGGCGCUAGUUGUUAUCGUCAUUUACUUUAAAUUUGGCAAAUCUAAGAAGCCAGUACAGGACACAACAAGCUCAGCAGAUGCCGAUCCCAAAAAAACAGAUGCACCGCAACCGGAUGAUGAGCGCGUUGAAGAUGAAAUUGAUGAUGCCGAGAAGUCCGUUGAUAAUGCGGCUGGCGAGCCAAUUGCCACACAGGAGGCCAGCAAGGAAAGCUCGCCGCUGUCCGCUAGUCCCAAAAAGAAGAAAAAGUCUGAUUUAGAUAUUAAAGAUGAUGUGACAGCGUCAAAGAACGACGAAAUCGGUGACGAGCCCACACAGACUGAGGAAACUACCACAAAGUCCACACGCAAGCGCCAAGUGCGCAAGGAUUAAACUGCUGGCAGGAUAUUCAACAGGUCGCCACAAAAAGCAACAAAUAGAACAACAACAACUAUCAACCCCAACUAAUUCCAAAAUACAAAUCAAAGCAACAACAAAAGCAAAACAAACAGUCAGGCAAUGCUAGAGAAUAUUCAUACUAUUAUUAUUAUUGUUUAUAUCAAUUACUUCGUGCUGCCUUCGUUUUCGAUAUUUCUUUUGCUGCUGAUGCUGCUGCUACUGUUUGCCGCAAAACAAACAAAAACAAAUUAACACACAAACAAUGAACACGCUCAAUAAUAUACCAAAUGUGUUGUUGGUACCUUCACAAUUCCAUGGUUGAAAGCGAAAGCAGCUCUUAAUUUAAUGCUCUAAUUUAUUUGUUUAUUUGGUUUGGUUUAGUCUCUCUCAUAUACGUAUAUAUGUAUUUGUAUUAAUAUUGCGUUUCCUUUGUGUUCCCCCAUUAUUGUGAAGUUUCUAAUUUUCGUUUGAUUGUUAGUGCUCGCAUUUCUGUAUGCGUUUCAAUUUCAAUUGUAAAUUAUUUUCGUGUAGUCUCCACAAAGAAUUGUAACUAAUGUAAAUGAGGGAAACAAACAACUAAGCAAAGCGUAAACGUUAAAUUAGGAAACAACAAAAACGAAAUAUGAAAACACCAGUAUAACGGAAUGGCAAAAUCUAGUUUAAUAUUUAAAUAUGUAAUUAAAAUAGUUAUACUCAGAAUUUAAUGAAAAUACUUUAAAGGAAAUUUCUGUUUUCAUUUGUAACAAUGAAAAAAAAAUAAAACUAAAUGUCAAAACCAA